CAGUAGCAGGCAGUGUGAUGUCACGCGGAGAGCAAGCCACCGGGGAGCGCGCGAUGUGGGGCUCGGAGCUGCGCGCGCGGGUGAACGCGCUGCUGAGCGCCGCGGUGCACGAGGUGCUGGAGGCGGUGCGGGAGACGGUGACCGAGUACGAGGAGCAGCGGAGCCGCACGGAGCGCGAGAACGAGGCUCUGCGGCGGAGAGUGCGCGAGCUGCAGGGCCAGCUGCGCCAAGACAACUCGGUUCAGCUGAUCACUUCCAUGCCCACAACCUCUACUGGCCAUGAGGAACCGUCCACAUCGAGGUGUCAGCAUAGUCAGCAGGCGGAUGCAAAGGUUCCAGUAGUGAAGGAUAAGCUACCCCUCAAGGAGGAACCUUCAGCCGACUGCAGGCAGGGUUUGUGUCCCACCGAAAUAAAAACUGAAAUGGAACAGAUAGACUAUCCUGCUGCUGCUGAGCAACCCAUGCUUCACAACAGCUUCUGCAGUAUGGGCUCUGGAUCCAUGGACUCAAAUUUCCACGCUUCUCAGAGCGAGGUUCCUCCAGAUCUCCCGCCCACCGAGAUGGACUUCCCAGCAAUGGCUCAGUGCAUUAGCACCGAGGCUCUCAGCGCUUUUGUGGAACCGUUUCCUUAUGAAGAAGAUCCAGGCCUGCCACUGGACUCUGGCUGGAGACAGCGGGCGUGCCAGCAGGACCAGGAGGAGCGGCACAGCUGCCUCGUGUGUGGAAAGACCUUCAGUCGCAUUGGGAACCUCCGCAGCCACCAGCGCUGCCACACCGGAGAGAAACCGUACACCUGCCUCCACUGCGGCCGGCGCUUCAGCCACAGCGGGAACCUCCAGAAACACAAACGGGUUCACACAGGAGAAAGACCUUAUCGCUGCCUGCAGUGCAGCAAGACGUUCUGUCAGUCCAGCCACUUGAAGAAGCAUCAGAUGAUCCACACAGACCGACAGAUGAUUGUAGGAAGGACAGAAAUGGAACUCUGAAGAACCUCUAUUGGAAGUCUAAUGGAAGGAAUGUCUUGCUUGCUCUGUUUUUGUCUUCAUCUUCAGUAUGUAAAGUUGCAACAAUGCAAAAACAAUUAUCUAUGAUCCAAGUGGCCAUACACUAGGGCUAUGUUCACACAGCAGGUAAAAGUUGCCCAUAUCCAGUCUUUUACGUCAAUAUGUGACGCAGGUGUGUGGUUUGUGUGUCAGUGUGAAAAACACACUGAAUCUGAUAUUUUAUUCUGAUUUAAGGCACAGCAAUAUGUGGUUUUAACAUCCAAUGUGUGGCAGUUUGACUCUAGCGACAUAGCGCGGGUGGGGAAGGGGCUGAUCACGUCAUGGGCCCUGCAUUGUUUAAUAUCGCGAUAAAUAUAGUCAAAAAAAGAACACUUGCAGUGUAAAAUUUUUGCAAUAUCAUGCAGCCCUACUGGAUAUAGAUUCUAAAAUGUCCAAGACACUGCCUUAUCCAAUUCAAACUGGUACACCUUACCUAUUAUAUCAAGGCUCUUGUGUCUAAGAUCUAUAUGAAGGUUUAUCAGCAGUCUGCGAUUGGUGUUAGCAGACCCCAGUUAAUCUAAUUCAUAUGCUUUGACCCACCUUUCACAACUACUGCUCAGAAAUUUCUGAAACCCUGUCUGAGGUUAUUGGAGAAGCGAUAGAGCCAGAUGUUCUUAGUGCAUUGUUUGGAGCUAAUUGCUAGUAGGCUAAUAGAAAUCAAUGUAUGUAAAUCCCAUUGGAUUAUACAUGAAUUCUGGAAUUCUGAGUCCAGACUUCUCUCUUAUCCAGAAGAAAUGUUAUUCUAAUUUAAGCUGAUAUGUAUAUAUAUAAUACAUACUAUUUGUUUAUUUUUGUAUUAUUUAUUCUUUAGCUUUAUGAGGUAGAGUCACCUGAAAAGGCUUUUAGUUAACAGCUGUGCUGAACUUGUCAAGAGUUAAUUACUUGAAUAUCUAGCGCUCCUAAUGUGUUUGAAAGCAUCAGUGGUGUUGUGAAGAGAUAGAGUUGAGUUCAAAAUUAUUCAACCCCCACUGCAGUAAAGUGUUUUAGAAAGUUUAAUAUUUAUUUUUUAUCUUUUUCACAAUCAGAUCAAUUAAGGACUUGUAUAAUAGAAAAAUGCAACUUAAAUUACAACGAUAUUUUUCUAAUAUACCAACAAAUUGUGAUUUCCUAAUUGAUAAUUAUACAGCCUCUUAAAGAAUACCAUUCAAAUUGUGUCUCUCAAGAGACACAAUUGGAAGUAUAAUUCAAAAGUUUAAAGCUAAAGGCACAGUAGAAACACUACUUGGGCGUGGCAGAAAGAGAACGCUGUCUGCUCUUCUUCGGCUGACUGCUGAGGAACUGUUACAGGACUUGUCAGAGGGAGGUGCCCAGGUUCUGGCCCAGACAAUAUGGUGCACACUGCGAGAUGAAGGCCUCCUUGCCAGAACUCCCAGACGCACCCCCUCCUGACUCCAAAGCAUAAGAAGGCCAAAAAACACUUGGACAAACCACAAAGGUUUUGGGAUACUGUUCUCUGCCAGGAGGAGGUAGAUCGAGGUUUGUACAGAAAAGAAUACCUACUGUGAAGUAUGGCGGUGGGUCAGUUGUGCUCUAUAGCUGUUUCGCUUCUUCAGGUACAGGGAAUCUCCACUGUGUGGACGGUACCAUGAAUUCAGUAACAGGAGAUCUUAGGUGGAAAUGUCAUGCAGUCAGUGACAAAGCGGAAGCUUGGGAGAUGUUGGACCUUCCAAUAGGACAACGAUCCCAAUUAUACCUCCAAUUCUACCAUGGCUUGGUUGCAGAAGAAGGGCUGGAAGAUUCUGGAGUGGCCAUUGCAGUCGCCCAUAGAAAAUCUCUAGUGGGACUUGAAGAAGGCAGUUGCAAUAUGCAAGCACAAGAAUACUACACUUGCUAAAACACUUUACUGCAGUGGGGGUUGAAUAAUGUUAAAUGCAACUGUAGAGUUGGUCUACAGUGUAUAGCCCUAUUUGAGUAAUAUUCUAAAUCAUAUUCCAAUCCAAAAAAGAAUUUUGAAAGCAUCCUUGCAGUCUUAAAGAGCAUCAAAAACAUUAUGAUGAAACUCGCUCUUAUCAGGACCGCCCCAGGAAAGGAAGAACAAGAGUUUCCUUUGUUGCACAGGAUAAGUUUAUCAGUGUUACCAGCCUCAGAAACCACAAGCUUCCCAGAUAAGAGCACCUAAAUACUUCACACAGUAUUUUGGCUUGUUUAACACUUUUAAGAUACUACCUGAUUCCUUAUGUGUUCCUUUAUAGUCUGGACCACUUUAUUUAGAAUAAUUAUUUAGAAUGUAGGAAAAAUCUAUGAAAAAAUACAAAUAUUGAAUGAGAAGGUGUGUCCAAACUUUUAACUGGUACUGUAGAUGUGGCAGUUGUCCUUUUUGUUGUUGUCUAGUUAAUUGAUAUAAAUAUAGUCAUUCUAGAUACUUGCUGCAUAUCCCUCUAAAACCCAAUAAACAAAUUAAUAAUAAUAUAAAAGAAACACUACCUGAGACUCACUCUCCAAUUAGAAUUACUAAAGUUACUGCUUCGUUACUCCACGUGGUGGCGCUAAUGAAAUGAAUCACAGUAACACAGAUGUCAUUAAGUAUUGCAGAGAAAUGUCUCACAGAGAAAAUGAGUAAAACAAUUUUUUUGGAGACGCCCUGUGAUUCACACCCCUAGAAUAGACAGUAAAAUAGUCGUAAGUAGGCUGAUAAAUGGACAGCAGCAGUGAGUAAAGCCUUCAGUGUUAAAAGGUUUGAUAUAUUUGGACUGAUAUGUCUCUGUUUUAGGCUUGUGUCGCAGCAGGACUGUGUUUCUAAUGGAAAAUUAAAAAAAAAACUUCAAUGUGUCUAAACAUGACACACUUUUUAACGACACUGAGCUGCAACCUGAUCUCAUUUAAAGCUCCUAAAAUUCUGACAAGGUUUAAAGCGAAACAUGAACCAGUGCUCCUUAAAGCAUAUCAGUUACACAGUGUAAACUGUUUAGACACGUCACAGAAAUAGUUCACAUUUAAAACAUUGUGUGAACAGCCCAAAAUAAAUAACGGAUUUAGGCCACUUUUAUCUGCUUUGUGAGUGUAGCCUGAGAUGCUGACUUGCAGACUCGAAUUCCAGGUCAUACUGCUUUUGCAUCAGCAGCUGGAGUCUGAGAGAGUACAGUUGGUCAUGCUCUCUUUGGGUGGAUAGGUCUAUGCCUUGAUCACACCCAUUGUGAUUCUGCCCAGCACAGGAAUCUUCUAGCUGAUACGUUGAAGCUGGGGAGGUAGCACUUUACUCCACAUUGGCUGCCUAGUGAUGCUGUACUGGAUGCAGUUGGAAAAGAGUUAGGAUCUGACUGCACUUGUUUUAAGAGGGUGUUUGCUGGUCCUCAUCCUCUUAGUGCUGGAAGCAUUGUGUGUGAUAAGGGGAGUUCUAGUGCGUGGUGGAUUAUUAGGCUCAACUAAAAAAAUAUGGAGAAAUAUGGCUUAAAUUAAACAAAGUACAUUCUGCAUGAUUUGAGAAUGCAUUGAUAUCUAUACAGUAUAUGUUUCAAUAAUUCAUUAAAAUAAUAUAGUGAGGA